GGCCAACUUACCUUUAAGUAAAAAAUCUUCCAGGACGGACCUCAAUGUCAUUUAGACAACAAAUUGUUAAGAGAGUUACAGGGAAGAGUUCAGAAUUUGAGAUCAUACAGUUAUGACUUUGACAAAUAAAAUAAGGUUUGCUUUUUCUGAAACUAAAGGCACCAGGAACACUACUCACCUCACAAUGUUGUGUCUGUUCCUGGUGCAUACAAUGGCAGCCAUAGACCCAUCAACUGCAACACCAACAACAGGACCGAACACAAUACAGGCUACAACAACCACAAUAAUGGCAGAAUCAACCACAUCUACUUCUACUUCAGACUCAACCAUUACAUCUGAUGAACCAACAACCACAGAUACAACUGUACCAUCAACUACAGCAACAGAUUACACUACUGUUACUAUUAACAGUGUAUCAACAUCACAACCUUCAACAACCACAGCAUCACCAACAGCAGAAACAUCUAAAACUACAGACACAGGUACAACAAUACCACUAACUACAGCAACAAAAGUGAGCAUUAACAGUUUAUCAACACAACAAGCUUCAACAACAACAGAAGCAAACACAGAAAAGCUAAGUGCUUCUGCAACUACUCUAGCUCCAACCACUAUAUUUGAUCAAACAACAGCUACAACUGAAAUAAAAACAGCUACAACUUUAUUACCAACUACAAAACUAACAACAGAAUCAAUCAGUCCCAGUGAAUCCACAACACAGCCCCCAGCAACAGCAUGGACAACUGUGCUUACAACCACUACAGCUCCAGUCACUAUGAGUGCACUGUCAGCAACUACAGAGCAAACAACCAAACCUUCAACUGUACCAUCAACUACAAUACCAACAACAGAAACAACCAGUACCACUAUAUACACAACACAUGCUACAACAACCACAGAUACAACUGUACCAUCAACUACAGCAACAGAGAUUACUAUUAAUAGUGUAUCAACAUCACUGCCUUCAACAACCACAGCAUCACCAACAGCAGAAACAACUACAACUACAGAAGAAGCAAUGAAAGGUACAACAAUACCACUAACUACAGCAGCAAAAGUGAGCAUUAACAGUGUAUCAACACAAGCUUCAACAACAGAAGCAAACACAGAAAAGCUAAGUGCUUCUGCAACUACUCUAGCUCCAACCACUACAUUUGAUCAAACAACAGAUACAACUGAAAUAAAAACAGCUACAACGUUAUUACCAACUACAAAACUAACAACAGAAUCAAUCAGUACCAGUGAAUCCACAACACAGCCUCCAACAACCACAGCACCAGAAACAGCAUGGACAACUGUACUUACAAUAACUACAGUUCCAAUCACUAUAAGUGCACCAUCAGCAACUACAGAGCAAACAACCAAACCUUCAACUGUACCAUCAACUACAAUACCAACAACAGAAACAACCAGUACCACUGUAUACACAACACAUGCUACAACAACCACAGAUACAACUGUACCAUCAACUACAGCAACAGAGGUUACUAUUAAUAGUGUAUCAACAUCACUGCCUUCAACAACCACAGCAUCACCAACAGCAGAAACAACUACAACUACAGAAGAAGCAAUGAAAGGUACAACAAUACCACUAACUACAGCAACAAAAGUGAGCAUUAACAGUGUAUCAACACAAGCUUCAACAACAGAAGCAAACACAGAAAAGCUAAGUGCUUCUGCAACUACUCUAGCUCCAACCACUAUAUUUGAUCAAACAACAGCUACAACUGAAAUAAAAACAGCUACAACUUUAUUACCAACUACAAAACUAACAACAGAAUCAAUCAGUCCCAGUGAAUCCACAACACAGCCCCCAGCAACAGCAUGGACAACUGUGCUUACAACCACUACAGCUCCAGUCACUAUGAGUGCACUGUCAGCAACUACAGAGCAAACAACCAAACCUUCAACUGUACCAUCAACUACAAUACCAACAACAGAAACAACCAGUACCACUAUAUACACAACACAUGCUACAACAACCACAGAUACAACUGUACCAUCAACUACAGCAACAGAGGUUACUAUUAAUAGUGUAUCAACAUCACUGCCUUCAACAACCACAGCAUCACCAACAGCAGAAACAACUACAACUACAGAAGAAGCAAUGAAAGGUACAACAAUACCACUAACUACAGCAACAAAAGUGAGCAUUAACAGUGUAUCAACACAAGCUUCAACAACAGAAGCAAACACAGAAAAGCUAAGUGCUUCUGCAACUACUCUAGCUCCAACCACUACAUUUGAGCAAACAACAACUACAACUGAAAUAAAAACACCUACAUUUUUAUUUCCAACUACAAAACUAACAACAGAAUCAAUCAGUACCAGUGAAUCCACAACACAGCCUCCAACAACCACAGCACCAGAAACAGCAUGGACAACUGUACUUACAAUAACUACAGUUCCAAUCACUAUAAGUGCACCAUCAGCAACUACAGAGCAAACAACCAAACCUUCAACUGUACCAUCAACUACAAUACCAACAACAGAACCAACCAGUACCACUGUAUACACAACACAUGCUACAACAACCACAGAUACAACUGUACCAUCAACUACAGCAACAGAUUACACUACUGUUACUAUUAACAGUGUAUCAACAUCACAAUCUUCAACAACCACAGCAUCACCAAUAGCAGAAACAUCUAAAACUAUAGACACAGGUACAACAAUACCACUAACUACAGCAACAAAAGUGAGCAUUAACAGUUUAUCAACACAACAAGCUUCAACAACAGAAGCAAACACAGAAAAGCUAAGUGCUUCUGCAACUACUCUAGCUCCAACCACUAUAUUUGAUCAAACAACAGAUACAACUGAAAUAAAAACAGCUACAACGUUAUUACCAACUACAAAACUAACAACAGAAUCAAUCAGUCCCAGUGAAUCCACAACACAGCCCCCAGCAACAGCAUGGACAACUGUGCUUACAACCACUACAGCUCCAGUCACUAUGAGUGCACUGUCAGCAACUACAGAGCAAACAACCAAACCUUCAACUGUACCAUCAACUACAAUACCAACAACAGAAACAACCAGUACCACUAUAUACACAACACAUGCUAAAACAACCACAGAUACAACUGUACCAUCAACUACAGCAACAGAGGUUACUAUUAAUAGUGUAUCAACAUCACUGCCUUCAACAACCACAGCAUCACCAACAGCAGAAACAACUACAACUACAGAAGAAGCAAUGAAAGGUACAACAAUACCACUAACUACAGCAACAAAAGUGAGCAUUAACAGUGUAUCAACACAAGCUUCAACAACAGAAGCAAACACAGAAAAGCUAAGUGCUUCUGCAACUACUCUAGCUCCAACCACUACAUUUGAGCAAACAACAACUACAACUGAAAUAAAAACACCUACAUUUUUAUUUCCAACUACAAAACUAACAACAGAAUCAAUCAGUACCAGUGAAUCCACAACACAGCCUCCAACAACCACAGCACCAGAAACAGCAUGGACAACUGUACUUACAAUAACUACAGUUCCAAUCACUAUAAGUGCACCAUCAGCAACUACAGAGCAAACAACCAAACCUUCAACUGUACCAUCAACUACAAUACCAACAACAGAAACAACCAGUACCACUGUAUACACAACACAUGCUACAACAACCACAGAUACAACUGUACCAUCAACUACAGCAACAGAUUACACUACUGUUACUAUUAACAGUGUAUCAACAUCACAACCUUCAACAAACACAGCAUCAGCAACAGCAAAAACAUCUAAAACUACAGACACAGGUACAAGAAUACCACUAACUACAGCAACAAAAGUGAGCAUUAACAGUGUAUCGACACAACAAGCUUCAACAACAGAAGCAAACACAGAAAAGCUAAGUGCUUCUGCAACUACUCUAGCUCCAACCACUAUAUUUGAUCAAACAACAGAUACAACUGAAAUAAAAACAGCUACAACUUUAUUACCAACUACAAAACUAACAACAGAAUCAAUCAGUCCCAGUGAAUUCACAACACAGCCCCCAGCAACAGCAUGGACAACUGUGCUUACAACCACUACAGCUCCAGUCACUGUGAGUGCACUGUCAGCAACUACAGAGCAAACAACCAAACCUUCAACUGUACCAUCAACUACAAUACCAACAACAGAAACAACCAGUACCACUAUAUACACAACACAUGCUACAACAACCACAGAUACAACUGUACCAUCAACUACAGCAACAGAGGUUACUAUUAAUAGUGUAUCAACAUCACUGCCUUCAACAACCACAGCAUCAACAGCAGAAACAACUACAACUACAGAAGAAGCAAUGAAAGGUACAACAAUACCACUAACUACAGCAACAAAAGUGAGCAUUAACAGUGUAUCGACCCAACAAGCUUCAACAACAGAAGCAAACACAGAAAAACUACGUGCUUCUGCAACUACUCUAGCUCCAACCACUAUAUUUGAUCAAACAACAGAUACAACUGAAAUAAAAACAGCUACAACUUUAUUACCAACUACAAAACUAACAACAGAAUCAAUCAGUCCCAGUGAAUCCACAACACAGCCCCCAGCAACAGCAUGGACAACUGUACUUACAACCACUACAGCUCCAGUCACUAUGAGUGCACUGUCAGCAACUACAGAGCAAACAACCAAACCUUCAACUGUACCAUCAACUACAAUACCAACAACAGAAACAACCAGUACCACUAUAUACACAACACAUGCUACAACAACCACAGAUACAACUGUACCAUCAACUACAGCAACAGAGGUUACUAUUAAUAGUGUAUCAACAUCACUGCCUUCAACAACCACAGCAUCAACAGCAGAAACAACUACAACUACAGAAGAAGCAAUGAAAGGUACAACAAUACCACUAACUACAGCAACAAAAGUGAGCAUUAACAGUGUAUCGACCCAACAAGCUUCAACAACAGAAGCAAACACAGAAAAACUACGUGCUUCUGCAACUACUCUAGCUCCAACCACUAUAUUUGAUCAAACAACAGAUACAACUGAAAUAAAAACAGCUACAACUUUAUUACCAACUACAAAACUAACAACAGAAUCAAUCAGUCCCAGUGAAUCCACAACACAGCCCCCAGCAACAGCAUGGACAACUGUACUUACAACCACUACAGCUCCAGUCACUAUGAGUGCACUGUCAGCAACUACAGAGCAAACAACCAAACCUUCAACUGUACCAUCAACUACAAUACCAACAACAGAAACAACCAGUACCACUAUAUACACAACACAUGCUACAACAACCACAGAUACAACUGUACCAUCAACUACAGCAACAGAGGUUACUAUUAAUAGUGUAUCAACAUCACUGCCUUCAACAACCACAGCAUCAACAGCAGAAACAACUACAACUACAGAAGAAGCAAUGAAAGGUACAACAAUACCACUAACUACAGCAACAAAAGUGAGCAUUAACAGUGUAUCGACACAACAAGCUUCAACAACAGAAGCAAACACAGAAAAACUAAGUGCUUCUGCAACUACUCUAGCUCCAACCACUAUAUUUGAUCAAACAACAGAUACAACUGAAAUAAAAACAGCUACAACUUUAUUACCAACUACAAAACUAACAACAGAAUCAAUCAGUCCCAGUGAAUCUACAACACAGCCCCCAGCAACAGCAUGGACAACUGUGCUUACAACCACUACAGCUCCAGUCACUAUGAGUGCACUGUCAGCAACUACAGAGCAAACAACCAAACCUUCAACUGUACCAUCAACUACAAUACCAACAACAGAAACAACCAGUACCACUAUAUACACAACACAUGCUACAACAACCACAGAUACAACUGUACCAUCAACUACAGCAACAGAGGUUACUAUUAAUAGUGUAUCAACAUCACUGCCUUCAACAACCACAGCAUCACCAACAGCAGAAACAACUACAACUACAGAAGAAGCAAUGAAAGGUACAACAAUACCACUAACUACAGCAACAAAAGUGAGCAUUAACAGUGUAUCAACACAAGCUUCAACAACAGAAGCAAACACAGAAAAGCUAAGUGCUUCUGCAACUACUCUAGCUCCAACCACUAUAUUUGAUCAAACAACAGCUACAACUGAAAUAAAAACAGCUACAACUUUAUUACCAACUACAAAACUAACAACAGAAUCAAUCAGUCCCAGUGAAUCCACAACACAGCCCCCAGCAACAGCAUGGACAACUGUGCUUACAACCACUACAGCUCCAGUCACUAUGAGUGCACUGUCAGCAACUACAGAGCAAACAACCAAACCUUCAACUGUACCAUCAACUACAAUACCAACAACAGAAACAACCAGUACCACUGUAUACACAACACAUGCUACAACAACCACAGAUACAACUGUACCAUCAACUACAGCAACAGAUUACACUACUGUUAUUAUUAACAGUGUAUCAACAUCACAAUCUUCAACAACCACAGAUACAACUGUACCAUCAACUACAGCAACAGAGGUUACUAUUAAUAGUGUAUCAACAUCACUGCCUUUAACAACCACAGCAUCACCAACAGCAGAAACAACUACAACUACAGAAGAAGCAAUGAAAGGUACAACAAUACCACUAACUACAGCAACAAAAGUGAGCAUUAACAGUGUAUCAACACAAGCUUCAACAACAGAAGCAAACACAGAAAAGCUAAGUGCUUCUGCAACUACUCUAGCUCCAACCACUACAUUUGAGCAAACAACAACUACAACUGAAAUAAAAACACCUACAUUUUUAUUUCCAACUACAAAACUAACAACAGAAUCAAUCAGUACCAGUGAAUCCACAACACAGCCUCCAACAACCACAGCACCAGAAACAGCAUGGACAACUGUACUUACAAUAACUACAGUUCCAAUCACUAUAAGUGCACCAUCAGCAACUACAGAGCAAACAACCAAACCUUCAACUGUACCAUCAACUACAAUACCAACAACAGAACCAACCAGUACCACUAUAUACACAACUCAUGCUACAACAACCACAGAAUCAACAACAGGAGGAACAACUGCAGCUAAAUCUACUCCUGUACCAAGUACUACAACUAAUGAAACAGCAAUUACAGACAAAACAUUAGCCACAUCAACAAUUGUAGCAUCACCUACAACUGCAACAGAACUCACCACCAACAAUGUAUCCACAACACAGGCUGAAACAACCACAAUGACAAUAACAGCAGAAUCAUCCACAUCCACUUCUAUUUCAGCUUCAACCAUUACAUCUGAGGAACCAACAACAACAGAUAUGAAUGUACAAUCAACUACAGGAACAGAUCAAGCUACUGUUACUAUUAACAGUGUAUCAACACCACAAGCUUCAAAAAACACAGCAUUACCAACAGCAGAAACAACUGCUUCCACAAUUACUAUAGCUCCAAACAAUACAAAUGAGGAAAUAACUAUAAAGGAAACAACCAGAACUACAACUUUACUAUCAACUACAUCGACAAAAACAGAACCAAUGAAUUACACUGGCUCCUCAACACAGGAUACAACUACAGCACCAACAACAGUAAAAAUGACUGCAUUUACAUCUAGUUCAGCUAGUGACACUCCAACAUCUACAGAGGAAGCAACGAAAGGUACAACAGUACCACUAACUACAGCAACAAAAGUGAGCGUUAACAGUGUAUCAACACAACAAGCUUCAACAACAACAGAAGCAAACACAGAAAAGCUAAGUGCUUCUGCAAGUACUCUAGCUCCAACCACUAUAUUUGAUCAAACAACAGCUGCAACUGAAAUAAAAACAGCUACAACUUUAUUAACAACUACAAAACUAACAACAGAAUCAAUCAGUCCCAGUGAAUCCACAACACAGCCCCCAGCAACAGCAUGGACAACUGUGCUUACAACCACUACAGCUCCAGUCACUAUGAGUGCACUGUCAGCAACUACAGAGCAAACAACCAAACCUUCAACUGUACCAUCAACUACAAUACCAACAACAGAAACAACCAGUACCACUAUAUACACAACACAUGCUACAACAACCACAGAUACAACUGUACCAUCAACUACAGCAACAGAUUACACUACUGUUAACCCAACUGCAAAUCUAUCAACCACAGAGUCAAGAGCUACAAACCCAGAAACAUCUACUGUGACUAUGGCUCCACUACCUUUAAUAAUAACUAGUUCAGUGGUGGUUCAGACCAGGAUGGUCUUCAAUUCCUCCUCCCCUGUUCCCAGUGAGAGUUUGGUUCUCAGUGUAACCCAGACUCUUCUGAGUGCUCGACUCCCAAACCUCACUGACUCUGUAAAAGUGCUGAACUUCACCUAUGAGAAAAUUUCAGACACCUCCUAUGCGGUAAAUUUUCAAUUCAACAUCAGUAACAUCAGCAUGGCACAGAACCCUGACCAAAGGAAUGAUACCUACAAGCAAGUGGAGAACAUCACCAACAAUGCUGUGAGUGUGCAUCGCCAUGUGCUUAAAGACAUUCUGACAAAUGUCCAGAGAUGGCGUUGUAUCCCACUGCAGAGUUUAACAAAAACUAUUUCAAAAAUCAAAUAG